GGAAGAGUGAAGCAGUCGAGUGCGCGCGCAGAGCAAGGCGUUGCUUAUUGGGGGAGGAUUCACCGACGUGCUUGCGAAGACGCGGUGAGGCAGAAAAACUUUGACGAGAGGGCGUCGACAACACGAACGAGCCUCGAUGAGAAAGAGACGCGCGCGACAGCAUCAACGCGGAUGAAGCCAAGUGUAUCUGUAUGCGCGCGACGAUUCCAUGAUUGA